CAGAUAUCUAGGUUCUUUUUACUUCCACUUCCCCCAAAUUGAGAACCUCCAUCAAAAAUCAAAACUUUUGAAUUUCCAAGCCAAAAAUUCCCACCCUUCCAUAAACACUCCACACAUUCACCCUCUGCAAACUUCAUUUCCGAUUCAUUCCACCAGGAAUGGUGAAUUUACCAUGGGAUAUCCUCUCAGACAUCCUGGUUCGGUUGCCUGUGAAGUCGAUUGCACGAUUCAGGUGUGUAAACAAAGGGUGGUGCUAUUUAUUGAAAAACCCUGAAUUUCUUAAAAGACAAUAUAAGCAUGCUGUUGAGAUGAACAGAUUUAGUAUCAUGUUUCACAAUCAGAAUGAUAUUUAUACCUUUCGUUAUGAUCCAUCAUCUUCCACAUGUGAGAGCUCUGGUCAUAUUGAAUACCCUGUUAAAUCUUAUAGGGGAAUUGAGUAUUUUGGAUGUUGUAAUGGCUUGGUUUUGUUGAGGCAGAUUAAUAAGUCAAAUUCUCAUUUACUCAUCCUUUGGAACCCAUCGAGUAACGAAUGUAAGAAGUUACCAAAUCCAGCAACUAGAUUGAAUGUGUGGCAGGUUUCCGAAGAAUAUGGAAUUGGUUAUGAUCACCAGAUUGUGGAUUUCAAAGUUGUAUGUUUAGCUCAGGAUUUUUUUAGUAACUGGUGUAAGGUUCUGGUGUAUACACUAAGAUCAAAUUCAUGGAGAAGACUUGAGGACAUCCCGGUUCAUAUGUUCGAUAAUACCGUUAAAAUACCUGAUAUGGGUCGUUUACCUGUUAACGGAGCUGUUCAGUGGAGAGUGUAAGGAGAGGACAGGCGCUCAGAAAUCGUUCUUCGCUUUGAUUUUGAGAAAGAAGUGUUUGAUCAGCUUCCAAUACCUGAUGUAAGCAAGCAUGAAAAUUACCAAGUGUUUUUGUGUGUUUUAGGAGGAUCUCUUUGGUUACUUGUCGAUGAUUAUGGGAGUAGUCUUGAAUUCUGGGAGUUGAAGGACAAUGGGGUGAAGAAAUCAUGGAUCCAUUCUCUCACCUUUGGCAUAGAUAAAUUUGACAUUAUGGGCCAUUCAACUCCGCUGCAGUUUUUAGAGAACGGAAAGAUUUUGUUUGGGGUACACGAUGAGCAUGCCUCUUUGCAUUUUGUUUUAUAUGACCCAGAAAAUAAGACAAUUAGAACUCUGAAGACCUAUGAGGGUAUAUCAUCAUCAUCUUUGCCUACUUCUGUCUAUGUAGAGAGUCUAAUUUCACUCGACACUGGUAUGUAUCUCGGGCAAGUACAAUCAGAUGAAGUAUAUAAUGAUAACCAAGAGGAGGAGGAGGAGGAUAGCGAUGACUCAGAAGUAGAAGGCGACCAGGGGGAGGAGGAGGAUAGCGAUGACUCGGAAGUAGAAGACGACGAGGGGAGGAGGAUAGCGAUGACUCGGAAGAAGAUGAGGCGGAGGAGGAUGAUGAUGACGGUGGUAGUGCUACAGCAGUUGGUGGUACUAGUAAUUGCGAUGGCAAUGAAGAAGAAGACAUGUUGAGAAGAAUGAAGAAAAACAAGACAAUAUGAGGGUUUUGUGCACUAGUUUUCUUUAGUAAAUUUGCUGAUCAGACUGGGAUGUUGUUCUAGUUAGAAGAUAUGUCAGAUAUUUGUGUUAUUUUGGUAACUCUUUAACUUUUCGUUUUGUACUUCAGGAACAGUCAGUGGAACUGUUGUUGCUGUGUAGUCAGAAUUGUGUAUGUGUGUAGUGUGUGCCUUUGUGCACUUACAGUCGUGAAGCACUUCAGAUUUUAAAAGGUUCAAAUUCAAGCAAUUUGUUUCAA